UCCUGGACGGAGUACUGUAUUGACUUGUGAAACAGCGGGCACUAUAGUUGCUGGAAUCCGUUGGGUACGACCAAAUGGUGGAACACCAUUAACGGUGAUGGAAUGUAACAGAGCUAACACUCUGUGUUUGCCAACUGGUGGUGUAUCUGGCUACAGAGUUUCUCUUGACUCUUCCACGCACCAGACUCUCACCAUAGAAUCGUUCAACCCUUCGCUAGAUGCUGGAGAAUGGAUUUGUCGGGAUGGAAUAACAGGAGCUGGCCAAUUUAGAUGUAACAAGAUAGCCAUAAAUGGUCCAGACUCUGUUACAUUCAGUCCACCAUCACCUGGGCCUGUAGCAGAAGGAGACGGUCUGACUGUGAUGUGUGCUGCUAGUUGUAAUCCACCAUGUUCCUAUUCCUGGACUCUGAGAAAUCAGCAGAUCUCACCAACCGCUCAGUUAAAACUGACAAAACAUCAACAGGAAUCAGACAGGGAGUGUGUACACGUGUACAGCGACCAACUCACUUAUACCAAAAUCUAAAAGUAAACAGUUCACACUGACAGUGUACUAUGGUCCAGACAGUGUCCAGCUGAACACCACUUCUCCACUGACAGUGAAGGAAGGUAACGAUGUAGCUGUGUCAUGUGAAGCGACUAACUGUUCUCCGUCAUGUUCUUUCACGUGGAAGUUUAAAUCUCAGAUAAAACCAAGCAGUUCUGUGUUGUCCUUAAAUAACAUACAGAGAUCAUCAGCUGGUGACUACACAUGUACUGCUAGAAACACAAACACACAGAAAUCAUUAGACAAG